AUGAAGGGGGGAGCCGUGAAUGUUCAUAGGUAUGCAGGAGCAUGGCUACUGCAUCCUAUAAAUACCGCAGCCCCUUGUGCGGCAACCACCCGUUUCUGCUUUUUUGUCUCUGAUGAUGGAUUCGAGUAGGAAUCCGAAACGUCAGGCUAAUAAAGCUCUUGUCCCGGUGAUCAUGUCUCCUACUUCAAGAAGACUGGAGUGGCUAUUUCUGGCUUAUUAACCGUCGUCAGCCAGUUAUACCCAGUCCCGAAGCGUCCUCUACCAUUAUACAUGUCAAGUAAGCCUUCGACCCUCACUGAUGUAGUUAGGAUCUCACUCAUUUCCAUUCUAUCCACCUGCCAGCUUGCUACGGAUGACAGCGAACGUUGUGUCAUAGGACACAUACCACACAUAAUACAUAAGCAUCUCACUAGGAGUGAAAAAGUCGAGAAAGGUUUUUUGUUGAUUAUGUAACAAAUUCCAUUAAACAGUGACGGAAUGUACAUACCUUAGAUUACAGGAUAGGAGGAGUCUUUAGUUUCGUAAACUCACCGGGGGACAGUAUUAUCGACACUUGAUAUAUUUUGACGAAUCUGCGCCCCUCGAAGAAUGUAAGGAUGGCCGUAAUUCACAUGCCUAUUUGAAUGCUAGGUGUCUGGUUCCACGAAAAAAUCGCGGAGGAGGAAAUACGGUGACUGGAAAAGAGCUUUAUCAGCCUGGCGUUUCGGACUCUCACUCGAACCCAUCAUCAGAGACAGAAUCGGAGACAUCAGACAGUCUGACACUGUCUCUGCUGAUGGAUUCGAGUAAGAAUCCAAAACGUCAUGCUAAUAAAGCCCUUAUCCCAGCGAUCGUGUUUCCUUCUCGGUAAUCUCAGAUAUCUCUUCGAAAUAAAAUCAACAGGGGCAACAACCACUGAUUCCGAUUUAGGAUAUCAAUGAGCAAUUAAGAGGCGUUUGUUACUGCUGCCUCUAAAUGGAAAAUUGCGAAAAUAUGUCAACGGUUCAUUCCAGAGCACGACCGAAAUCAUCUACAUCUUUUGAAGAGACAUUUUUGAGUUUAGAAGGUGUUUGAAAGUUGGACCAGUGUUCUCCUGACACAUCUGAAUUCGCGAAAGUUGAGAUAUCACAAUUUGGAAAUCAUACUCAGACGUGCAAACCUUCGUACUAAAGUGGCACUUUCAUCGUCCUUUUGUCUGAUUUAUCUUAAUAAGGACUCAUCGCGUAUAGGCAUCAAAACAGCCGUGUAAUUACUCGCAAAGCUUCAUAAGCCGCUCAUCAGGAUACCAUCUUCAAUGUUAAAUGAAUUAUGUUUCUCCUGUCUUUAAGGGCUUUUGGCGUUGUCUUGUAAAAAGGUGACUAAAUUAAGAUUCUGUAAAGUACGGUCGAUAUGCUAUCUCUUGUAAUGUUAACCGAAAUUCUGAAAUAUGUUUUCGAUUCGAAAAAAUUCUAUAAAUAGGGUUGUAGUAUUAAUUGUUGCGCAGUUUACCCCCGAGAUACUCCAGUCACGCCAGAAUGCCGGCUUUUAAAUAAGCUUCUGUCUGCAGAAUCUCCGUUUUGCAUAAAACGACUGCUUAUGUUGUGUGAAUUUUUCCCAUCGAUUUUUCAUGCUCUCAUAGACAAAAGAGCAUCAUAUAAAAAGUACACAAAAUAUGCUUUCUUGUACCCAUUUGGUAGCAGACUGUGUCUUCUCCAAAUUCAAUACUUUAAGAGGGAGUAUGUUAGGGUUUUAAAAAUUUUGCUACUAUGGUAUUUUUAAAGGCCGUGAAGUGUCCAUUCAUACAGCAUCGAAUCUACACGUUUGUCAGUGCUACUUAUAGAGUAUACAGCCUGGUACUCAAUCAUUGUCUUCGUAACAGCUUAAAAAAGUUGUAAUGAGUAUUUGACGGAAUUUAUUCAGCGUGUAGGUUGAAACCCUAAAUGCCAGCGUAACGGCUAGUGGGACAAGAAAUUAUUUGGGAACUGAGAAAGUUUUAAAAGCCGGUUCUCUUUCUUCAAGUAAAAUGUCUGAAGAAAACGUAAAAUGUUACCAAGUGAAUGCAGGAGAAAAUACUUUUGUGCAAGCUUUCUGUAAAAUUUAUUUAAAUCUGUGAUGGUAUGGAAAAUCGAUGGGGAAAAUCCACACAACAUAUGCAAUCAUUUUAUACAAAACGUUAUUUUUCGCUGGCGGCCGAAAGGAAGCUUAUUCGAAAGCCGAUAUCCUGGAGCGCGUAAAAUGUGCAAAGACUAUGCUGCACUACAAUUAACACUACAACCCUAGUUAAGCAAUUUUUUUCGAAUCGAAAACAUUUCAGAAUUUCGGUUAACAUUUCAUGAGAUAGCACAUCUGCACAUGUACAGUAGGUGGUCUAACUCAUGAAAUGUCAACCGAAAUUCCGAAAUACGCUUUCGUUUCAAAAAGAUUAAUUAAGUGGCGUUGUUAGACUAGUCAGCCUGCAACAUGAUUCUAUAAUAUUUCAGUUACCUCAGGAUUCCGGCUUUCGAAUAAACUUCCUUCCGGCUGCAUGCAAAAACUACACUCUGUAAAAAUGAUUACUUAGGUAGCACGAAUUUGUUUCACUGAUUUUCGAUGCCCCUAAAAGUCCUAUUAUAUUUCAUGAAAAACAUGCAUGAAAAUAUUCAUUCUUUUGCUCAUUCGGUAGAAAAUCACGUCUUCUCAUAAUUUUAAUUUAGGAAUUUCGGUUGAGCUUUCAUGAGUUAGCUCACCUACUAUACUCAACAAGGUGGGCAUUUUCACACUCGGUUAUUCUAAAAAAGGGAUUUAACUCCUCAAUUACAAUGCCUUUAGAGUGGAUCACAGCGUCUUAGGACCAACUUUGGUUUACUCAAAUUCAGCUUUCUGUUGUUCCACCAUUUCACGUGUCCUUGAACUUUUCUCCUCUGCCCUUAAGGCCGAGUCAUUUCAACGGAGGUCCUGUUUCAGACAACACUCGAUUCCGACAACUCUCGUUCUCCGCAAACAAAACCCAAUCUGUUUAUAAUGCCCAUUCUUGCGUACAGUCAGAAUCUGCGAAGCGGCAGAAGAGGAUUUGGUUUGAUCAUUGGAAGACAAAUUACGCAGUCUUUACCAGGUCUUAAUAUUGGCAUAAAUUAAAGUUUCUUCCCUGGUUGGUAUGUUAAAAAGUUUCAUUUUUGCUCACGCUGUAAGGAAACCUGUCUGUUUAAAUUAAUUGCGGAAGGUGCAACAUUAUUUGGCAUUAAAAUGCGCUGUAGUCGGGAAUGUUUUGCUCUUGGGAACAAGUUCAUAUUUUGUCACAAAUCUUUGUGAAAAUACUUCAUGUGACGUACCAAAUUUUUGAAUGGAUCCGGCUCACUUCAUAUGCCUUGUAAGCGCAACUAAUCACUCUACAAAAACACUCCUGUGGACGACACUUAAACUCCCACCGUCGCGAACCUUUUUACGACCGAUAUAUUUCCUUACCUUCCCUUCGAGGAUGCAGUCGACUACAAAUUUCACAUAGGAAAAAGGGUACAGCCCACCUGGGAAAUAUGACUACAUGUUAUAGGCCCUGAAAAUUGAUGGAUGCAAUAUGUACGGCCAGCGCAAGGACUUUGUGACUGUCUUUGUGGUCGACAGGUCGAUGUUCACCGUGUGCUACGCAGCAAGGUGCAGCAGGCACGGUGACUUGUGCGGGAAUUAGUUUAUAGGGAUAGUAGACUUGCGUAGCAUCUACCGCGAUCUCUCUUCCCCACUCCCCAUCUGGAGCCGGUGUCAAGACAGAGUCCAGAAGACCAGAGGGGGGUGGGGGCGCAGGUGGAUGGUACGGUCGAGCCAGCACCUUGUCGUUCCACUCCUCAUCCCCUGGUCACACAGCAACUAACCAGGUUUCGACCAAAAACAGCAGCAGCAACAACAACGGAACAAGUGUCAGAAGGACGACGAUGACUGGGCAGCCAUGCCCAUCAUCUGUAUACCCAGCGGGAGCGCGAGUGCGCCUACCGGCAGGGAACCAGGUGUCAGGGAACUGCCGGCGCAUUCCAGACUUCGAGGGCCAUGGUUUGCUGAUACUGACAUAGCGCACGCUACUAGACCUUUUGAGUCUUCGUGGUCGUCGGUGUGGUCGUUCAUGUUCAUGGUAACCCAGCCAUUUUCGUCCUUCUGACCCAUUGUUCUGCUGUCAUUGGUUAAAAAUUCUGGUCAAGUGAUUGUUGUGGUUCAGGGGUGUGGUGACACGCCUAGGUGCGUAUCCGGUAGUGUCAGCCGCUUUCGCCUUCUCCUGCCUUUGGUCUUCUUGACCAAACUGGAAGAAGGGGAGAGUGUGGUACAUGCCGUGCAUGUCCUUUACCACCAUAAACUACAAUAGAUAUGCUAACUCAUGAAAUGUCAACCAACAUUUCCACAUUCGUUCUCGUUUUGAAAAUAUAAAUUAAUUAGUGUUGUAAAACUAAUCAUGAUGCAGCAUAAAUCUAUAAUGAUCCAGUUACCUCAGGGUGUCGGCUUUCGAAAGAACUUAUUUUCGUGUGCAUGCAAGAUCCAUACUCUGCAAAAAAUGACUACUUAUGUAGCAUGCAAUUUUCUCAUUGAUUCUCGAUGCCCUUGAAAAUUCAAUUAUAUUUCAUGGAAAACAUGCAUAAAAAUAUUUAAUCUUUUACUUAUUCGGUAGAAAAUCACGUUUUCUUCCAAUUUCAUAGUUAAAAGAAAAGUAUAACUCGGUUUUAAAAAACUUUUCUAAUUCCUGAAUAAUUUUGAACCCGACCUGCUGUUACACUUGCAUUCAGGGUUUCAAAACUACAAGCUGUAUAUUUUCCGUGUACGUAAAAACCCUGCAUUUCUCUACGGUGUUAAGAGGAGACCAUAUGAGGUUCAUAAAAUUAAGCAGUGGAUUUGAGCAACAUUGUUAACUUUACAAGCCACAUUGGUAAACGCAGAUACAUGACGUUUCAUGAACGGCCCUUUAAUUGGAAACUUUGUUAAAACCGAAUUAUACUCUUCUUUUGAGUAUGAAAUUGGAAGAAGACAUGAUUGUCUACCGAAUAAGUAAAAGAAUGAAUAUUUUUAUGCAUGUUUUCCAUGAAGUAUAAUUGAAUUUUCAAGGGCAUCGAAAAUCAAUGAGAAAAUUGCAUACUACAUAAGUAGUAAUUUUUUGCAGAGUAUAGAUCUUGCAUGCAGCCGAAAAUAAGUUCUUUCUAAAGCCAACACCCUGAGGUAACUGAACCAUUAUAGAUUUAUGCUGCAUAGCGAUUAGUUUUACAACACUACUUAAUUUAUCUUUUCGAAAUGAGAACGCAUUUCGAAAUCUUGGUUGACAUUUCAUGAGUUAGCACAUCUACUGUAAGUCACACACAAGUCGCUGUGCCUGCGCUCACCUUGCUUUGGAGCACACGGUGGUAUCGUUGGCACCGACGGUCUAACUGUCAUUUCGACAACUCUCCCUCUAGUGAGGCCAUUCGAAACGAGAACGCAUUUCGAAAUUUUGGUUGACAUUUCAUGAGUUAGCAGAUCUACUGUAAAUAGAACACGAAUUCUGUGCUUUUUUUAAAUGAAAUUCUGCGUCUCCUUCAUGUAUUUUUUGCCACAAACCCUUUGUGCCUGUCGGAAACACCACAGGAAUAGGUUCUAAUUUGCGCAAACAGACGCCUUUGUCGCUAUUUCUUAGAAACCGUAUAAUUUUAACGGACAUUAUUUUCAAAUGACGUAGCCUUUCACGUUCAGUUCCACAUUAAAAAAUCCAGAAAAAGGUUUAGACGCCGGAAGGAACGCAAAAACGACAACUCUCCCUCUAGUGAGGCCACUCUAGGAGGCUCUAACGAUGCCUGCCGACCGCAUUGCAGUAGAUAGCAUAAAAUUAUAAUCAAUGCUAUUCGUUUCCAGCUGUGACUACCGCAAUCCUCUAAUUUACUAAAAGACUAUAACAACAGUUGAGUUUGAGAUUUCACAAGCUCUUUACGUGAGACAUAUGCAUAGACUGCUUGCAGUAAAUGCAGCAGCUAUGCAGAAAAGCAUUAAAAACGAUCACAAGAUUUUGGCCGUUAUCGCGCCAGCCUGUUCAAGGCUCAUUUUACAUUCCAUGUCCACCCUAGUAUGACUGUGCAGAGGCCAUACAUAAGUGGCUACGUAGCUUACUUACACCACCAGGUCCUGCAUACUUUACCAUUUUGACUGCUGUCUGAUAACCGCGAUCCCACCAAAAAUAUUUACCUAUAUGCGCUUCAGGAAUGUCAAAAUUCUUCAUAAUUACCGAGGGUAUCAAAAAAAUUCACAAAUUUCUAGGCACAUACACCGUGUGAGGGCCUACAAAUGUUAGAUGACAGUACGUCUCCAUUAAUCUUUCUGUUAGCUUACGGAAGAUUGCAGUGGGAGAAAUCAACAUCCAAUGUUAGAAAGAAAUUUAACUUUUCUGUGGGGGAAGCUGUUAGUUAAGGCAUAGUUUGAGCUCGCUGGAGGAUGUUGAGAUAGUAACAUUAAUAAAAAGAUGCUGGGCUGUAUAACGGACGGAUUCAAUGCCAUGGCGACGGUUUGAUAUGCAUUCAGACCUGUAGAGAGUGUGGUGUAUGAGACCAGGCUUCUAGUAUAGUUUCGAGUCCUUGAGAACUCACUCCUGCUUAGUGAGGCGACAGUAGCAGGAAGACCACCGCAAAUAAUCACAACCUGCCUCUCUUGGAUGUAAUAGGGGUCAUCCUGCACAAAAACGCAGUCAUCACAACCCAUCGUCAAUAAAAUGAAAGUCCGCUUAUUAGUCAGUGCACUUGAUCAGUUGACGCUCGAAGGUGUGACCCCACAGGGAAAACGGGAGUCAAGGACUCCUGUGCUAGGGGAAUGAUGACGAUAAGGGGGUUUUGUGGGUGGGGUUAACGAAGCCUACAGACAGCUCGGUUAAGCGGGUAAAAUUUCAAAAUAUGCAACUAAACCAUUAGUUUGUGGACAUCCGUCAGUUGCGCGUAAAACUGCGGGCGCACAACUUGAAGUAUAGGAAAUUACGAGCUCCAAACUCGCGGGAAGAGAUAAGGAUCCAGUGCAUGGGCUAGACACUUCAGAUGAACCAAUCCCGACCGGUAAUGAGCAAUCACAUUGAAGAAGGAAAUGCGAAGAAUGUAUUUGCCAUGUUUAAUUUCCGAGGAACUUAAUGCGCAAAGUUUGAGUAAAUCUUUCGGAACAGACCUUUUCAGACAUGUCCGAAAUUUUAUACUGUCAAAGCCCACGCUCGCGAUGGUCUUGCCUAAAUAUACAAGGGAAGUUGACGAGGUUGAUGGCCAAAUCUUGAAGAUAUGUUUAAAUUUUAGUUCGAACCCUAACCCCCGAACUGUGACCCCUAAACCCAAGUCUGGUCCUAAUCUUAGCCUAACCCUAAGCCUAAGACGAACGCCAACCCAAAUGGUGACGACCAGGAGAGUCGUGACGGCGAAUGAGCGAAAGGAGGUGAUAAAUUAUGCUUACUUAAAUGAUACAAGUAGGCACUUUAGGGACGUAAAGACUAGAUGGGGCCACAUAUGUGGUCGCCGCCUUUGCUUAAAAUUACCUGUCGCCGUUACAUGUUCUUCUGCAUAAGCCCAUUUCAUCUACAGCUCUUUCCAAAACAAACACGUAACUCCAUCUACAGAAGACGCCAACUGACCGAACAGGGUGCUAAGCCAGAUGGUAGGACUUCUCCGUCUAUGUGCCUUGCUAUUUCACUCCUUUGGAGGAAAGGCAAAGCGAACAUAUUUCCAGUACUGACCACUGUUAAUGAGUGUGCAAAACACUAUAAACUGACAAACCUACAGGCAGUAAAAGACCCCAUUCCUGAUCGAUAUCCUGCUUCAGAAACAGAAAUGGAAAUUCAACGCUGACAUUUCUUCAACUACAUAAGACAAAGUACUCGCAACAGGGAUCCCAUCCCUACGCUAAAAACUGAUGAUGGCGUUGAACUUUACAAGGACGACGAAAAGGCUGAGCAUCUGUCCAGGUUCUUUCAGUCGGUUUUUACGAGAGUAGUCGCUGUACCCACUGAUCAUUGUAAUGUGGACAAUGUCCCGACAAUUGACUCAGUGGUUCUCACAAAACCUAUUGUUCAACAGGAAUUACUGAAGCUAAAAGAAGGGACUUCGCCCGGUCCUGACGAAAUACCGGCAAAGUUGCUGAAGGAAUUAGCCACAGAAUUGGCAGAACCUCUGAGCGUCCUCUUCCAAGCCUCUUUUGAUGCAGACAGACUGCCUCCUGAGUGGAAGACUGCGUGGAUUUCACCGAUUCAUAAAAAUGGCAGUCGCGCUUCCGCAAACAACUACCGACCAGUAAGCCUCACCUCCAUAUGCUGCAAAGUUAUGGAGCGAAUAAUCAAACGCGAACUGAUGCAGGUUUUAGAGCAAAAUCAUUUUCUGUGCGAUGCACAGCAUGGUGUCCGCAGAGGGAGGUCCUGCUUGACCAAUCAACUCUACUGUCUUGAACAGUGGACCCGAGCGAUUGAUGAAGGAAACGUUGUGCAUGUGGCCUACAUAGACUUCAAGAAGGCCUUUGACAACGUGCCACACCAACGUCUCCUAUACAAGCUCAGCCGCAUAGGGGUAAGAGGCAAGCUUUUGAAGUGGAUUGAAAACUUUUUUGGUCGGUCGGUCCCAGACUGUUCCUCUUGGUUGCCAGCAAUCGGCAGAGGUGACGGUUACGAGCGGAGUACCUCAGGACUCCGUUCUUGGCCCUAUCCCCUUCCUCAUCUAUAUUGAUGACUGUAUCCAUGGAUUGGACUGCAAAAUUGCCAUGUUUGCUGACGAUAUAAAGCCUUGGACUCUCAUCCGCAACGAGGACGAUGAAGCAAAUUUACAGGCAAACUUAGACCGACUCGAAAAAUGGUCAGGCCACUGGCUCCUCCCAUUUAAUGUUACCAAAUGCACUAUUCUGAGGAUUGGAAGAAUCAGCUCUACGCACCGGCAGACGUACUAUCUAAAUGACACACCGCUGCCAUUGGUAGAGGUUCAGAAAGACCUAGGGGUGUGGAUAACAUCUUCACUAAAGCCAUCAUUCCACUGCUUGAAAGCAGCGAAAUCCGCAAUGUUCAGCUUAUAUCUCAUUAAGCGGGCAUUUGCCAAGUUCGACGAAGACUGCUUUCGCAAGGUCUUCGGGAUGUUUGUGCGCCCACAGUUAGAAUUUGCCAUUCAGGCCUGGAGACCCUGGACUGUUAAGGAUCGCACCACCCUCGAAAAAGUCCAACGACGGGCAACUAAGCUUGUCAGAGGCCAUCAAAACCUACCUUACGAAACUAGACUGUCAAAUCUUAACCUCUUUCCCCUGGACUACAGACAACUCCGUGGCGAUUGAAUUCAAACGUUUAGAAUGUUACGGGGUCAGGACUGCUGCCUCACAUCCGGCGAUCUCUUUGAGCUGGCCACCACUACUAGCUUGAGAGGACACCCUCUGAAACUACGUGUGACAGGAGCGAAACUGGGCGCAAGGAGGUGCUUCUCUAGCCACAUAGUGGUAAAGGCAUGGAACGCCCUGCCUGUGGACGUCGUCAUGUCCUCGUCCGUGGACUCAUUUAAGAGAAAGCUUGACUAGUACAGGGAUAUGUACCUCCACAGCAUCAGAAACUAACGAAUUCCCCCCUGUGCCACCCGCCCCAUCCAACGUUUGAUGUUACAAAGCCUGCUACUCCCUAUAUUUUAGUAACAUUACGUUUUACAAUUUUUGCUAUCUCCUGACCGCCACAUAUGCGCUUGCUUUGAUAUUACUUGGUCCAUUCAGUACCUUACUGGAUAUUGUACAAUUUUGACAUAGAAGGCAUUCACAGACAAAUUCAUACCAGUGACCAAUGCUUGUUGUAUGUAAUUACUUACCGAAUUUUUUUCACACUUGCCUUACACAUUGUUUUUUAUAACGUUAUUGUAACCAAAAGGGAGUUCAAAGGCGCGCGCCUACUUUUCCCUUAAUAAAUCUGAUCUGAUCUGAUUGAAUACUGGUGAUCUAGCAUGCUGCUCGACUGGUAGCUUACGACUAUAUCGUUCACUGCUCACUCGGGGAGACUGUAGCACAUCAGAAAAAGGCGCACCUUUAUUCACACUCUUUGUAACAUCAAUGUUCAGUUGCGAUCAAUGCGCCCUUCACAGUCCGGAUAUGUGGUUAUAGGGGACGGUCGUCUAUCAAAAGUAGUAUUGUGGCGCCCCAUUUUCUGUCGAUAACCCUGUAGCCCACUAUUUUUCCACCUCAACGCAGACAAUGCGGAGCCUUAUUUCCUCAGUUCGUCAUUCGGAUGCACCUGCGCAAAUGCAGAAGGAUGGGAUUGUGGUCUUUUACCAAAUAAGACCGAUUCCGUGAAAUUCUAAGGGUGUUUCAGUCGCACUUACACUGGAACCAUGGAUACACCUUUGCAUGCAAAGAGACAAGCGUUGCUGUUACUAUGAGAGGUUUUUCACACUGUGAAGAUGAGUUAAGCCAUCUGAGCUUUCGCAUUCAUGGACUACCCUAUCCGCAGAGACAGAUGAAGCAGUAGUCACUGAGCAGUGUGUGCAGUAUGUGACCUUCUUACUGAAACGUGCUGAUAGACACUUAAGACACUAUAUAUCUUAACCAUUCACAUAACACAUUACGAAAAAUGCCCUUUUUGUAUGCAGAAUAUGUUUAUAAGUAAGUUUAUCCAGAGAAAAUCUUACAAUGUUGAGCUUAUAUCAGUCUUACCUCAUAUUAGGGUAAUUUGUUAUGAUAAUGACUAUCCUAAAUCAGGUUUUUGUAUCAGUACAGGUUAAUCAACGUGAUCUACGCAAUCUAAACAUACCAAACCAUAAGAAAACCUAAUUUUCGCCCCACGUUAGUCAGGUGAAGUUGGAGGGGAACAAACGAUUAAGGCUUACUAGACAUGUAUAUAUAAUGGUAGAGGGACGCUUCGGGGUUGGGUAUGAGUGGCUGACGACGACUAAUAAGCCAGAAAUGGUCAUUCCAGUCUCCCCUGUUUCUAUCGGUAAUGUCAUUCGGCCUAUAUAACACGCUGUUAUGAGGUUGCUGGCUGAGCUCGAGACAGGGCGAGAGCCCCACAGCCCAACAGGACGAAUGGGAUCUGGGAAGCUAUCGGCGAGCGUCCCUCUAUCGUAACACAUUUAGGCUGGAGGUCAAAAGGUUUGUCAGUUGACUGAGAGUCGGGAAACCGUGACUCCAACUGUUCACAACUCGCGUUGUUUUCAGCGGUGUCAAGAAUUUCGGCCCCAUUGAAUAUGAAAGUGUUGUCAGGUCCUGCUGAAUGGGCCACUACUUGGCAGCUGUCGUCGGGCAUCCCCACUGCCGAUCCUGUUCGGGCAUCUACGCCCGGAUUGGUCGUCUUCCAGCUUCUCGGACCUAGUCGUUUCACACAUAACUGCGCUAGAUUUAGUAAACGACUCUAAAAGUUCCUUGACGUCGCAGUUGUUCUUUUGGCCGCAUGAACUGUUGCCUGACGGUUACCUCUGAUCUGUAAAAAAAGCCAAACUUCAGUGAAUUUAAGAAGGCGGCUGAUGGCUUCCGAGAACUUCUUGACGCACGGGAGCGCCCGCCAAAAUCUAAGGCUGGUUGAAUAUAGCUCAUCGUCUCGUUUUUACAUGAGUCAUCUGACGAAGUUGCGUGCACGACUUCCGGGGAGGACGUUCCAGGCUCUUCAGUCUUCUAACUUUCCUGGAGGUCUGGACCAACGCUAUAGAAGAGGGUCCCCAGGAGGAUGUCGCAUACAUCGUUUUUUGAAAAUCAUUCGACAAUGUCCAACACCAAUGCCUUCUCCAUAAAUUGAGCGCCCUCAGAAUUCGGGGUGGUCCUCAGAACUGGAUAAGGGCAUUUUUAUUGGUCGAAAACAACACGUCCCCAUCGGAGAGGAUAUGCCAGAAUGGGAGAACGUGAAUAGUGGUGUCCCCCACGACCCAGCUCUCGGAUCCUUACUUUUCAUCCUUUAUGCUUAUGAUAGCUAUCAAGAACUCGACUAAUGGGAGUAAUGUUUGCCGACGAAGUUAAGCUACAGCAACUCAUCUAGAGCCCGAAGGACCCCAAAGCCCUUCCAAAAAAUCUGCACCAACUGCAAACGUGCCAAAGAAGUGGUUACAAGGCUUCAACACGCGGAAGUGAGCCGUCCUAAAUCUGCGUCCAUUAAAAUGUCAUUCAAAUGAUAACAUGAGGGUAUAAGAACCGGAAAGGCAAGUUUGUUUAAAAGAGGGAAGAAAACGGGCAAGCGGGCAAAAUGGAGACGGGAGGUUUUGUGUCGUGGUUUGAGUGUCUGUCUCUCUGGCGUUUCAGGUGAGGACAGCGGACUAGAUCAAGAAACCGUCCAAGACCCUGUGGAUAUUGUACCUCCGAAGCCACCUUCCUGACCAACAAGCGUCUUCUCUUGCCCCCUCCCUUUACGCCCUGGGACUUUCCGCGCCUCUGACUCUCCUUGUACUUCCGUUUUCAUCCCUCCCUUCUCCCAAUAUAUUGUUUACCUGUUGCGCCUUCUUUGACUGCUCGGAUCACACCUGGUACGUUGAGAUAUUGUUUUGUCGCCUGAUGCCGAAAUCUAAGUCCAACCAUUCAGGAAAGGGGAAAUCGACCCCAUCCCCAUCUCAUUCAAUCGAGCGAGCCGACGUUAGUCAGGAACCAGUCCCCCAGCUGGAAACCUAGGACGGUCCGCCAACUACAAGAGUAUAUCACCCGAAAGACAUUACUAUCCCUCAGAAUCUUCGCAGAAGGCCCUUGCUGCUUGGAUACAGAGCGACAUGAAACCAGCUUUACAAUGUACCGUGGCUGCAGAAACGUCAUGGGGGAACUUUUUGUCAUGAAAAGGGCUUUCGUAACUUUUAACAAAGACAGUUUACGGUACGAUUGCUCGACCUCAUCUGGAAUAUGGAAUAAAAGCGUGAUGGCCUUGGCUAGCAAAAAAAAUAUAUCUCCAAAAAAAAUAAUGUCGUGCGGCAAAGGGUUUAAAACCAAUCGUGCAUAGAAAGAAUGGACUCUUAGCGUACUCCCCACAUGUUUCAGGCAACAAAGACAUGAUCUUACUCUCUUUUGCAAAAAAAGACAUGAGCUUUAGAAUGAACUGAGCUUUGUGGACAUGUUUUAGUGGCAUCCCUCGCCCUAUCUUUGUGGUCACUCGAUAAACCCUGCAGAAAAAUGUACAGCCUGAACCACCCCUCCGAAUUUCUUACAGAAAGGGUAAAGGAGAAACAGAAUGAUCUCCCUCAAUAAGUCGUGGUGGGAGGAUCCCUGUAGCUUUUCGAGUUCACGGAGAUAGUUUUACUUUCUCGUUAACAAAGCUGAAAUGAAGUAAAUAAAUAACACUGGAAAUGGGCAAAUGUUCAGAUUAUAAGGCUUAUGUGUAGGAAUGGCUCUAAUAUGCAGGAGAAAACCCUCGCCAUGUUUGGUAACGCGGCCUCCAAGGUAGAACUCGGGAUUGGCGAUAGCGAGUCUACAGUAGGGAACUAUAAAAUUGACCCACAAUUUUGCAACUUGAUAUUUUUCCGGCACGAACUCAAAAACUACGGUUUGCAGUUUGAUCAUAAUUUUUAAGACUGCUCUUGCAUUUAGGGUAAUUGCGCUGAACAUAUUGUUAUCGUACAUGUUACGUUCGCUACUAUCUAUAGAAGGUCGGUAAUUUGCGGAGAGACUGCUACUAACUCUAAAUGCAUUGUUGUAUGGAAUGUUCUUGGGGUAAAUUAGGUGGGAAGGAACGUUAUUUUGUGUAUAGACAAAAUCGGGAUAGUCAUUAAACAGAGGGAUUUGUGCACGAUAUUGCAUAAUAAGUUUAGUUUAAGAAACUGAGUAAAUUUUCUCGAUACACAGGUUGUUCCGACGGUCUUUGCAACGUCUAGUUCGAACUUACUUCGAGGCCUGAUACCCUCACUUAUACAAAUGUUCCUUUGUUCUUUAUAUGCCUGUAAAUGCUUCUCACUGUCAGUUAACCCGUAACUUCCCCAGAUGCGAUUUCUUUUUUGAAAGAGGUCUGCAGUUCCGAGUUCAUCUACCCCAUCUGUCUUGUGGUAAUUUCUCUUCCAAGAGCAUAUUUUCCAUCAAAAUUACUGACUUUUGCAUAGCCGAUCAAGUUCUUAGCUCUUCCCAGCAUGGAUUUUACCCGAUUGCCCUUGUGAAACGUAUCAUGUCUCUUCUGAAUCUACCCACUGCUAUUCACAAUGGCCACUCAUCUGUGGUUGUUAUCUGUUUUGAACUUAGUAGGGCCUUUUACAAGGUACCACAUAGGCUACUCUAAGUCGAACUGUAGGCUCUGGGAAUUCGCAGUCCCUUUUUGGACUUUACGAAGUCAUGCCUGUUUAAUAGGAAACAAAAGGCUUUAGUGGGACCCUCCUUUUUAAUGAAAUCCAACUUGUAAGCGGUGACCUACGAAGUACUGUGGUAGGGCCUUUUUGUCUUUGCUUUGCACUACUUAUACUUUGUCGCCAGUUAGGUACUGUCACACGUUUAUUUAUGUUGAUAAUCUCAAAUGUGUAUAUUUUUUCUUAACUAUGCGACCUAACACUGACUUGCUUGUUCUUCCCGCACGGAACUCAAUAUAACUAACGAAAUCCUUUUCUUAUAAAUUCGGCUAUGUGUGUUUUUGACCUGGAAGGCAACCCCAACCAGUGAGUUCUCAAGUUACCCUACCACCAUCAAAGAUGAAACUAGGUCUCUCAGCGCAUGCCGGCCGAAAUGCAUCCAAAACUACCCAGAUAGGCCGUUUUAUUUUCCAUAAUGUCUGCCUUCCUGGUAUUAAAUUAAGGCUUUAUUAAAUUAUUGUCUUUCCAUUCUCGAAUACCACUGUUUCUUCUUUGACAAUUUUCAAAGGUAUUUUUCUAGACAAAUAUUAACUAGGGUGCACCCAAAUAUUUCCCACUCAAGUAGACACCCGUUAAUUAACCAACAGUAUCUAUGGGUUCGUAGAUUAGAAGCCGGCGUUUGACUCUUUUUUUUCACACCAGUAAUAUUACAAACCUUCUUCUGAUUUCAAUCCCCCUUACGCCUGUUAGUCGCCCAUGCAUUCUUCGUAAUUCUCCCUUGACCAUACCUCCUUCGGCCUCCUCCACCUCUAAACGCUGUCUCUUCUUUGCUUACAGUCGUGUACUUAUUUGAAAUAACCUGCUAAUCGACAUUAGAUCAUCAAAUAGUUGCUUUUGGGAGAAAGCUGCGCCUUUGUCGUAACACUGGCUCUAUAAGCCUUUUAUUUUACUCAUCCUUCCCGAGCAGCAACAAGCCAUGACUUCAAACAAGAACUAUUUGGCCUUUGGGAUGCCGUCGCCAAGCUCUACUGUCCGUUCAAUUUUCCCUAUUUGUGUGUGAUCCCGCUUCCCGCUAUCUCUCGUCAGGCAUUUUAAUUUGCUUCAGUCCAUGCAUUGUGCCCUUCAUAAAACGCGGUAUCCUCCCUAAUCAAUCUCCCAGAGACGCAAUCGGGUCAUAUCGACAUAAGUGCUCUAGGCCGCCCUCAUUUUGCUUAAAGCCAACCCUCUCCAGGACUUCGUUCUGCCACACGAAUGUCGGGGUUUCACCCCAAUUGCCGGUCUCAUUCUGAGUCUGCCAUCAUCCAGCAUUCCCAGGCAACUGUAAUGACGCCUCGUUCUGACUUGGUGAUUUGCCUUCAUAGUUUCAUCCUGCUCUCAGGAAGAACCUAACCUGCUCCUCCACAUCUCAUCGUGAGGCAAUUUAUUCCCGUAACUAUUUUUUGGAAGUGAUGGUUACCUAAAUUCCCCAUUCAUCUUCGAUUGCAGGAGCUAUUCCUGUUUUAGACCAGCACAUUUUUCUAAGAAUUUCCAAUCUGAAAUUUAUGGGAUUUAUUGCCAAAUUGAUCGUAAAUGGAGGGACAAAUUGCUGGCGGACGCUAAAACUUCGAAUGCUUUGCGCCUCAGAAUUUCCAAAUCCUACUGUUCAUCUGGCCGUUCACGCAGACCACUAUUGUCUACACUGUCUGUAUUUUACCGGUGGAACCCGUGUGCAGUUCUUCUGAUAUUAUGACACCACCUAAUACUCGGAAAUUACACGAAGUGUAUUCGUACUCGACUGUUAUUCCCAACACCAACACGGCAGAGAAAAAGAACACGAUCUGCCACGAUGAAAUGUGUUAGAAACACCCAACUCCUUCCCAUUGAAAAAAUAACGCAUAUUUACAAUAUCCUACUUGUACUGGCCAGCAUUCGAUCUAAUAAUCCACGAAAAGAAAAUUCUGGACAAGCUGAACAACUUCCCCGGGCGCAGGCAAGUCAGGUUUAAGGAAAGCAGCCAGCAGCUACCAGCAUUCUGACGGUGUGCUAACGGCAUGCUUGAGAAUGCGUAUGUGACUUCCAGUGAGUGACUGUCCCUUGGUUUUUUGGAAUGUAGGCACAACGUAUACUUGCUUACUUGCCUGCUUACAUAUACAUAUGUACUUACUUACUUGAGUAUACUUAUACUUACAGACAUGGCUCAGUGGUUAGAGCCGUUGAACUUCUAACUAACAGGUCGCAUGUUCGAACCCCAGGUGUUCCACACUUCGGGGUUGGGUAUGACUGGCUGACGAUGGCUAAUAAGUCAGAAGUGGCCAUUCCAUUCUCCCUUGUAUUUGUCCGUAAUAUCAUUCUGCCCAUAUCAUGCACCGCUGUGAGGCCGCUGGUUGGGCUUGAGAGAGAGUCCAUAAGGCACAACGGAACGAGUGAGUUCCGUAAUAACGAUCGGUGAGCGCCCCCAUACAUUUUAUUUUCAUAUAUCCGUCAACGCAAUUCAAUUCCUCACGGAAUCCCCGAGGUUCCUCUACUCAUAAGUUGACAGUCGCUUUUCCUAAUCUUUUCCCACCCGCCAGGCAGCUUUUGUCAAGGAAGAAAUUAGUACUCGGCGUGUGGCCACGCGAACCUAUGGGUGGCAGGUCCCGUUGGUUAAGCAAUUUCUUCUCCCCUCGAGAAACAAUAAGUUUAACGCAUUUUGACUGUCGUCCUUCCCUACUGCUUGUUCCUAAAGUCACGUUCAGUUAGAGAAGUUUCUCCGCUGAUCACAGAAACAAUUUGUGACUCACAUUAUCUGGUAGGCCUUGAACGGUCCAUGCUUGCCAGCUAAUGCCGGGAGCACUAGAAUCCUCAACGGUUAGCACAUCCUGCUUCUCAUUGACGGCGGUUAAUCUGUAGCAGCCGUUUCUCUGCCCCCUCGCUGGACUGUAUACGCGCCACGGCUGCACACGCUAACUCUCGAUCUGUCUCGCUGCAAUUCCGUCCACACCACACUCCUGGUCGAUUCUCUGCCUGCAGCAUGUGAGGUCUUACCACUACCCUCUCGUGUUCUCGAAGCCGAUUAACGUUACUCCUUUCGCUGGCAGGUACAAGUGGUCAGUGGCAUAAAAAAUCACGCAACGCGCAGCAACGUCCUGGUGGUAGCGACACGCAGCAAGACACCCCGACUGACGCUCCCCUUGAACGGACGUUUAUCUCUGUCGCAUGCAAACGCCAACUUGCGACAAUCUGCCCUGUGUGCAGAGUAAACUAAUCUUAGAAGCUCUCGAACUUGUGACAUUAGACAAAACGAAAUUUUUGUGAGUGGUUUAAGUUGAUCUAACAUCCUUGACAGCCACAAACCAACAGCUGACAUAAACUACAGCGCCUUCGGCUGAAAACUUUUUAGUACGUAUGCCAUAGUGCCACUCUCCUUUUGAAUAGUAGUCCUGCCUGGGUUUUAUUGUCAAGAAUGAGUUUUGGAGACCUCGGUUAUGAUCUCAGGUCACUGAUUGACUUUGUUUUUGCUUAUUCGGAAAACCUCUGAUCCGGCAAUAAGUUCCUCAGUCUACAGGACAGUGCUGGCGCAAUCGCUGUUGAUGCUAUCCUUGUUUACAUCAUAGUGCCAUACUUAUUUUGGGUUCAGAUGUGUGUACCGUUUUUAUGGACAGGCAGUUCCAUUUAGGAUUAUCCACAACCCGAUAUACUGCAGAAAUCUUUUAAUUUUUUAGAUUGCCAAUCUCCGUUUGCGUCAGCAAGCUCUAGCGACCUUAAUAACUCCUGUCCCCGUCCUCCAGACUGGAUAAAUUGGGAUGAGGUGAACCGUGGCCGAAUCCCGAGGGUAGAUCGUCCUUCAUUUUUGCUACUAUGAAUCAAUAGUACUGCAAGGUUCUACAGCACAGAUAACGUGGGUACUUCACCUACGUUCGUCAUCCAGUAGGAAAUACCGCACAAAUAAAUAGUUCCGGUUAUUUUUUUCGGAUAACUUGAAUGCAUCAGGCCACUUGCUUCAAUAUCAGUCGUUGGUCCCGCCUUGUGGACGGUUACCCAAGAACAAGCACUGGAAGUAGUUUGCUUUUACAAUAGUUCCUACGGGGAGAUCAAUGAAAAAAGUACCCAUGCUAUAUUUAUAUAUAAAGGCCUAGAGUGUCAAUAUUAAAUUCUGCUCAUAUCAAAAGGAAAAAACCCCUCGGACUGAGCUGCCGCCGACCAAUUGACCAUGCACGUGUGUUGGUACGGGAGAUCGCAGCAGAUUGAGAACCAAAAAUCGUAGAUAUAAUGUUUUCGGAGAAGAAAUAAUGGAUGUACCGAGCUUGCUAAAUUAGGAUGUAUGAUUUUUGAAGAAAAUAUCCUUCGUUCGUUGCGAAUUCCCACUUUCUAGUGUUCCCUACCCCAUAUAUCAAGUUCUCAAAUCAAGAAACCGAGGUGGCAGGCGGUAUAAUGACUUUAACUGAAAAAAUUAUUCUUCAACCCACUAUGCCAGUAACGCACGUUGGACGAAGAGAACCACCAAACUACUCGAACUAGUAAAGGUCCAUCUUGCGGAUCAAAGGGUUGUGUGCUUGUUUUCGUAUUUAUCCAUCCUUUCAAAGCACCUCUGAUCAGACUGCGCUUAUUUGCCUAUUGCCUUCACUAUCACGUUAUUUCUUUGAAGUGAUGCUGGAUAACUUUCAGAUUUCACAAAUCCGUCUAAAACAAAAGUCUCUUCGGAGAGAAUUAAUAAAGUGUUCAUGCCCUGACACUAGACUUAUUUCACAGCAUUAGAAGGGGACAUUCAUGCUCAACAUACAGAGUUAAUCUGACCUUAUGCAGUCAUCAUAAAACGGAAUCCUAGAAACGAUCAUUCGGCAGGAGUUAUGGGUGUAUGUAUGUAUGUAUGUAUGUACGUAUUUGAAGGGGUAGAGGCUGAGCCCAUGAUGACCCUAUUUGUGUAAAGUGCUUUCGUGGAUUCGCACUCAAAAUAAAGUUGCAAACAUUUGCAAUGUAAUCAGGUCACAGUACAAUCGUAAUGAUAAGGAAGCGCAUCUGUUCACUUUAAUCAGUACGGAAAGAUUGUGUAUUACAAAGAGUUUUGCAGAGCUGUCUAACAAUAGUCAUGUUGUAAAAGCCUGUUUCUGUCGAAAAUCACGCGAGCAAGUCCACUUUUAAACACACGAUUUGUGGCGACCGUCACGACCUCACUUAGUAGCGAGUUCCGUGGUCGGACAACCCGCUGUCUAAAAGAAAACUUCCUACGGUCCAGCCGCGUGCGUUCACUCUUGACGUGGUUAGGGUGACCACGUAUUUGGUUUGUACGGGAGAACUGAAAAAGUUUUCCGUUCCUAGUAAAUAGCUUUUGCCACGGGCAAUCCUGGAUGUCUAGAGUAGACUGCACUUUAGCUGUCUAUUAGAGAGAGGCGAUAAAUUAGGCAUAUUCAGCCUCUCCUGGUAAGACAAAUUCCUUAAACCGUCGACCAUCUUUGUUGCUCUGUGCUGCAUCCGUUCGAGUAAGUCAAUAUCCGUCCUCAUUCCUGGUGAAGCUGCUGGCAUUCCGUACUCCAGAUGAGGUCUUACAAAGACGCCAAAAAGUCUUUCGAAAAGUUCGGGAUGGAAUAUUUUAAAUGUCCGUCUGAUCCAGUUCAAAUUGCUAGUGGCCUUCUGCACCAUCUUCCUACAGUGUCCUGAAGGCAUUCGAUUCGUGAUCGUCCAUACACCCAGAUCUCUCUGUCUUUCUACAGUUUCUAACACCGGGCCGUUAAUAUAGUACUGCGGUUUAGGAGAGGCAUUUCGGACUCUGGUUAGGUGUAGGACCACCCAUUUGGGCACAUUACACUUAAGAAGCCAUCUGUUUGAUCAAAUACUCAGUUUGCCGAUGCUCGAUUGCAAUUUCCUUGCGGCGCCAUCGUACUUAACUUCAUUUUAAAUUCUCAUUAUCAUCUGCGAACAUAAGGGCCUCGUCAUCCAGUUCGCUGAUGCAAUCAUUAACAUAAAUCAGGUAGAGUGCUGGACCUAAAAUCGAACCCUGUGGGACACCACUUUCCACCUUUGCCCAUUCCGAGGCAGAGUUACCAACCACUCUUUGUACUCUGGAGGACAGAAGACUCCUGAUCCCUCCAAACAUUUUUCCUUGAAUUCCUGAAUUCCAGAUCUUAUGCAAAAGAAAACGGUGUGAGACACUCUCAAAGGCCCUCCUGAAGUCAAAAAAUAUGACAUCAUUGCAUAACUCUUAGCGGUAGUUGUUGUCCAUUCCUCGCGCGAAUAAAGAACACUUGUUAGGCAGGAGCGUCCUUGACGAAAGCCAUUUUGGGCAUCACACAAUAUUUUGUCGUUUUCCAGGAACUGAAUCAAAUGCCUUUUGAUAAUGCGCUUCAUUAUUUUACACGCGAUACAAGUAAGACUGAUGGGACGAUCAUUUCCGCAGUCAAGUCUUGAACUUCCUUCAUGGAUCGAAGUAACGAAUGCGCACUUCUAUUCUUCCGGGAACUCGCCUUCUUCAAAUGACCUUUGAACUGUUGCGGACAACGGUUCACACAAUUCAUCAGCAGGUUCAUUAAGUGUUAUUGCGGGAAUUUUAUCUGGGGCAGGCAAUUUGUCAGAUUUCAGCCAGAGUAGUUCGGCGUUAACUGCGGUUGAUUAAAGGAGUGCUCCCUCGAUCAAGGAGGAUAGAGAAGGUGUAAGAGGGAAAAAGGGAGUAGGAGGAGACGUUGGUUGGCGAACGGACAAAUGGGCAGAUAUAGAAGUAGGCUCUCGGGUGAAGACGGACUGAAAGAAGUCAGAAAGGAGGGACGCUUUAACCUUGUCAUCAGCCUCCAGUUUUCCAUCUUCAUACCCAGGCACAGGGAUCAGCUCCCGAGUUCAUUUAGUACUCGUAUAUAGCAAACUAAAAUUUUCGGAUGCUACAACGAAUUUAGCAGUAUUUUCAGUCCGAACUUCCUUUGCAGUUUGGAAGUCUCACUUUUACAAACUUUGCGUUGUUGCUUAUAAUCCCGGAAGUGUUCUUCGGAGGCGGUUAGUCUGUAAAGCCUCUACAGGCGAUUCCUUUUUUGAAAGAGGCCAUUAAUUCUGAGUUUGUCCACAUUGGCGGUGAGAAUUUGUUUUUCUUUUGCGAGAACAGUUGGAAUAAACAAGAUCUUCUAGUAAGGAACUGAAAGUAUUCUAACUGUCGUUUUCCCGACCACGCAGUUCAGUCUCCCAUGAUACCACUGCCGCUUAUCUACUCAUGAGUGUAUAGUUCCCCUUUUAAACGUUUCUCUCCCACCUAUCAUGCAGAAUUGGUUUGGAAAACAAUGAGUACUCAAAGUAGAGCGUGAUGUGGUCGCUUGAACCUAGCGGGGACGGACCUGCAGGUACAGCACAUUUUCCUCCUCUGGGGUAAGGAUAAGAUCAAGGCAGUUCGACUGUUGUCGUUCUCUAGCCCGCUUUCUGAAGGUUGCGUUCUGGUAGAGAAGUUUGCCCGCUGUCCAAUGUAGUAUUUUAUGAUUAAAGUUGUCUUGCUGUCCUUGCUUAGUCUACGUUUGCCAUUCAAUGCCAGGGGCGUUGAAAUCCCUAACGAUUAACACAUAUUUCUUCUCACUGGCUUUGCACAGGUCAAUUAUGAGAAUGAGAUCUUGGUCAGAAGUCUGGUUAGGCAAACGGCACACCACCGAAAGUGUCAGUGGUCGGACAUUCUAAGCAGACAUGGUAAUGCUUAAGGGUUCCACAUCCCGUACCUGACUAUGUACAUCGGCCAUAGUGAUCAGUUUGCAAAUGAUAUAAAUUAUGACUCCUCCUCCUCCUCCUCGGCAUAGUCCGUCUCUCCUGAAUUGCUGAUAUCCUUUAAGUAAUAUUUCGGAAUCUGCGAUAUCUUCGGAAAGCCACGUUUCUGUGAGAGCUGUAAUUUCUGACUUUAUUUCAGCAACUACGCUUCUUAAUUCAUCGAGCUUGUUGAAGAGGGUUUGGUAAUUUGCGAAAAUAUUUUUCUGUGAUUGUUUCGUCGGAGAGGCGCAGCUUUCAUCGUGACAGGCUUUGACCACAGGAAAGAGCUCUUGAUCUGGACUAUUUGUCCAUUUUUGAUCUCCAGCCUUUCUCUCCUGUGCCAAUUGUUUCCUUCAAUUCUGAUCUCAGUCCUCUCAUUUUCAGACAAUCCAUCAGUUUGCGGUUUGGUUGAGAAAACGCUUCCUUAUGCGAACCCCUUAAGGCCGUUCUAUGUUCUAACAGAAGCGCUGCUUGGGCCUCGUUUUUUUUAAAUAACUCUUAGGCGCCUUUGAAAUGUUUUAAGCCACGACAUGGGUCUACUUUGUCUAAUCGGAAAGCUUUUUUCACGGUGAAGAUUACUCCAUACUUCAGGACGCACUAGCGUAUUGAUGAAGAACGUCUAGGUCGUGAGUCCCCCAUACCUUCGGGAUGCAGGACGUGGACUCUGGGUCACCCCCUACUACGAUAUUUUGCUUACGGUUUGUGGAAUAGCUCAUUAUUGUCCCAUUCGCCCUAGGACGGUAAAGCGCCACUGUGGUGCUCCCGACGGAUGAUGGCACAUCGACGUUAAACUGAUUUUCUUCCGGCGUAGGAAGUAUUUGACAUGGAUUUUCAUAUGGCGUACUUGCUUUAGCAUUGGGGGUUUUACACUCAUUACCCUGGUGUAAUGUACUACAUGAAGGGUUAUCCUACCUUUUUCCAUAAACGGAAUGUUUAAGGCACUUUCCAGCUGAGUUUGCCUUGUGAUGAAGUGAAGUAACAGUGUCAUCUUCUAAAAAUAACGGCGAGCCCUUAACAGAUCUUUCGAGGGUCACCUUGGCUUACCUAUCUUUAAUGUUCGGUGAUUUAGUAAGGCAAGUUACCGUGGCAAGCGAUGAAACUUGACUUAUUUUGUUGCAUUAACGUUGACUGCCGCGUUAUUCACCGGAAUCAAUUUGCCUGGAGAUUCCCUGGGGGCAUAGGUUGCUUCCUCUUCCCGACUGGCUUCGAGUUUCCGGUGGCUGUGCUUUCAUUUAAAGGACAUCCGUCGCUUUCCGAUCAAAAGUCUAUGGAUUACUAAGUAAUUACAUUUUACUGUGCAUCAGAAUAGCCACAAUGAUGUUCGUCAUUGGGCUCUGCUUCUUUUCCAGCGUCUGGACUCGCUUUUUAAGCUCUCUCGAGCUGACACAGCGACCGGCUUACGCGAAAUCCGAUCCGUUUGUCAGACGAUUUUCAAUGCCUGUUAACGGGGCAUUGGUCGUUAUUUCAUGCCGUGUUUCGUGGAAUCUACUGUGCUUAAGCCUCCUGGAGUCUAAUGAUUCCAACGGCAGUUUUUUCGCGAGAAACUGCUAAUGAAUUAAAAAUCGUUUUCGGCUGAUGUUUUCUAGUUAAAAAAUUAAUCUGAACGGCGGCAGAUUAUUCAUCCGUAGCGCAGUGGUUAACAUCCUAACGUCUGGAUUCGGAGAUACCGAGUUCAAAUACCGGUAGUGCGACAUUGGAGAACGCGAUGGAACAAAGUAGUUAAAAUAAGCAUCGUGGGAUUUUUACAUAACAUAGCCAAGCAAGUCUGUUAUUGCAAACCAUUACUGGGAUUUCGUACCCCGAAGUUCGCCAUCUUACUUGAUAACGGCAUAUUAGUAUGUAUGCUCAAGUAGUGGUCGGUAACGUAAGCGACCAAACUCCAAACCCAUACAGGGUAACAGAGCCACUUUAUUUCUUUGACUACGAUAGAGCGGCGACCGCUGUAAUCUCGGUUUUUCGUAAAUCCCUGAUCUAUUUUACUAAAUUUAUGGAGUUUUGUUUCUUCACACUUAUCCACCUGCCGGCAACACAAAAAUCGCAGGUGUGCUUUGGAUCUGGACUACAUCUUGCAUCCCUUUGUCGUGUUAUUACAGUCCUUUUGCAUCCCGUUGUCAAUAUAUAGGCGCAAGCCUGUCAUCGUUCAGUAGCUUGUGGAUAUUACUUAGCCUGAAAGCAUGUUUGAUAAAAGAAUGGUAGCACACAUGUCUGUUCUCUCCGCAGCUUGUUCCCCGUGUGGGGGAUACUUCGCUUUCGGGACCAACUUCGGAUUAAUCUAUGUUUUUUCGUCAGAAAGUUCCGACGAAGGUACGGUUCUUGUCAAGUCUUAACUCCUCAGAUAGUCCGAGUUUUGCGGUUUCAGUUAUAUCCAAGCUCCCGUAUCCUGGCGGGAUUUACUCACUAUUAACGGCAGGCAACCGACUGUAUGCUGCCUCUGUUGGUUAUGUUGCCAAUAUUUCCUGGGAGAACCUUAUUGCCGGAAGAACUGAUUUUGAUGUCAUUCAUCUUCCCAUUUCAAGGAGGGCUCUCGAUUUGCCCGAGGUACAUGACCUUAACCUCUAACUUCUUAAGGUCAAUAGCUUGGCGAUUCUGGAGUCCUCAAAUGUUCUGUAUGCAGCUUGCGGCGAUGGUUCCAUUGCUUCAAUACCCUUGAAUGCAUCUGGUCUUAGUACCGGCUGUUUCAAGGCUCAUGACAACUCGGUCUAUUCCAUUUCCAAAGCCGGUGAUCACGAGGUUUGUGGGCCGUAUUUACCGAUCUUUUAGCUCUUAAGCUGCUCUGAGGACGGUCGUGCGUGUUUUUGGGACAUAAGAUCUACACACACGAAUGCUUUUCCAUGCCAAAAGUUCGUCCCUAGUGAACAGAGUGGACUUAUUCGGAAGUCGGUUGGUAAUUGGCUGACCGUUGCCACCAUUCAAGAGGAUGAUUUGGACUGGUUCAUUCUUGGAGGUGGACCGAAAAUGUCAUUGUGGAAUCGCCGCGCUUCAUAUUACACCGCAAUUUUUGAGCCGGCUAGUGCGUCUUACAUUUUUACUGCGUGCAUCCUGACCUAAGAAAAAAUGUCGACAAUAUUUUUUGUUCUGACUCUAAUGCAACGUAUCUGAAUGACUAGCGAACUCCCGAUAAAUUUCCUCCCCAAUGUUUCGUCAUAAGUGUUAGCCGCCAUAUGCCUGGAGUCUUACUCUUAACGUGUUUGAAGCAUCGUCUUUUGCUUUUGUAUGAAUUUGAGAGAAGUCGGUACUUUCCCAUUUCUUAUCGAUACCUACUUCUCUUUCCCUUUUAGGGGACUCUGAAUUCUGGUUUCCCCAUGUAUGCAAGUUUAUUGGCAAUCAAAUUGAACCAAAAAUAGUUGCUGGCGGUACGUCGAGCUGCCUGUUGACAUGGGACCACACAGGGGAAACGCUGGCAGAAACCAACCUAGGUACUGACCCGGCUACACGUCUUCUCCAUAUACUUACCGUCACUGAAGUGUCCUCAUCCAACGAUGCUGUCAAUGGUUGCCUCAUUGCUGGUGGCCUCGGUCCGGCUCUUCACUUUGUCUCCAGACUGGGCUACUCGCUUAAACAUCUGCCUCUUUCAAACGCUGUCAGUUAG